GUAACCAUCCUUCAAGCUUCAGAGCUUCAGUCAAAAUUUGCCGAUGUGUUCGAGCAGCAUAUCAGUUUGACGUUAACCUGUUCUGUUUGCAUCGCACAGCCUUUCGACAAUGAAGCUGCUGCAUAAAGACAUUGAAAAAGAUAAUGCCGGCCAGGUGACUUUGAUGCCAGAUGAGGCAGAGGAUAUGUGGCACACAUAUAACCUGGUGCAAGUAGGAGACAGCUUGAGAGCCUCCACUAUCAGGAAGGUGCAGACAGAGUCCACUACUGGAAGCGUGGGCAGCUCCAGAGUUCGAACAACUCUUACCAUCUGCGUGGAAGCAAUAGACUUUGAUUCUCAGGCAUGCCAGCUGAGAGUAAAAGGCACUAACAUCGAGGAGAAUCAAUAUGUCAAGAUGGGGGCUUACCACACCAUUGAACUGGAGCUCAACAGAAAAUUCACUCUCGCCAAAAAGAACUGGGACACUGUUGUGCUGGAUAGGAUUGAACAAGCAUGUGAUCCAGCUCAGAAGGCAGAUGUGGCGGCUGUGGUCAUGCAGGAGGGUCUGGCUAAUGUGGUGCUGGUGACACCUGCCAUGACUUUGGUUCGUGCAAAAGUGGAAGUCACAAUUCCUCGCAAGAGAAGGGGCAGCUGCAGCCAGCAUGAAAAGGCAAUGGAGAGAUUCUACAUGGCGGUGAUGCAGGCAAUUCUACGCCACAUUAAUUUUGAUGUGGUAAAGUGCAUCCUGAUUGCCAGUCCAGGCUUUGUGAAAGACAGCUUCUUCACCUACCUUUUCAAAGAGGCGGUAAGACAGGACAACAAGCUUCUGAUGGAGAAUCGAUCGAAAUUCAUGCUGGUCCACUCAACAUCGGGUCAUAAGUAUUCACUCAAAGAAAUCCUCUGUGAUCCCGCUGUCACUAGUAGGCUUUCUGAUACCAAGGCUGCAGGAGAGGUGAAAGCCUUGGAUGAUUUCUUCAAAAUGUUGCAGCAUGAGCCUGACAGAGCCUUCUAUGGAGUGGCUCAGGUGGAGAAAGCUGCUGAUGCACUGGCCAUUGACACUUUGCUAAUAAGUGAUAAACUGUUCAGACAUCAGGACGUCCCCACGAGGAGUCGCUAUGUUCGACUGGUAGACAGCGUAAAAGACAAUGGCGGCAAUGUCAGAAUAUUCUCAAGUCUUCACGUGUCUGGAGAACAACUGACUCAGAUGACUGGAGUGGCCGCCGUCCUGAGGUUUCCCAUGGCGGACCUGUCCGAAACUGAAGAGGACAGCAGCUCGGAUGAAAACUGAACUCAGUUUGUUACAGAACAUUAAAAUUGUGCUCAAAUUUCAAAGUUUCAGCGUCUAUCAAAGGUUGCGAUUACUCUUAAGGCUUUAAAGUUCUAGGGUAUAAGGGUGCCACUGAAAAGGAAUGUAAAAUGUGUUGACAGAUCCACA